AAGUGGCACAGAUUGCCACGGAAGCUUCCUGUGCCCCAGCCUCAAUUUUUCUCCAGCAGCUGGAAGGUGUUCAUUAUCCACCAGGACGUUAUUUGGGGAUACUUACUGUAGGAUUCAGGGUGGGUGCCGAUAAGGACGCUGCUAAGGCACGGGCUGCAGGAAGAAGUCUGUGCAGCUGCGCUCCAGGGAUGUCUAGGGCCCCUGGGCACGCGGAAGGGACCACUUGCAUGUUUUAGUGGCUAAUAGUUAUUUCCCACCUUUCAAAGAUUUUGCAGAAACACAGCUCCCAGCUGCAGUGAGGCCCAAGUACUCCCUGGACCAGGAUGGCUAGAGAAUCGAAGGAAAGCGCAGCCUUGGACUCCCAAUCUGCAGACGACCGGACGGGGAUUCUGAUGGUGAAGGUGGAGCAGGAGGAAGCCUCCGCCUUGGCUGCAGAAGCGGGACCACCCGGCAGCUCCGCUCCAAGCCCCGAGCGCUUCCGCCAGCACUUCCGGGGAUUCCGCUACCCGGAGGCUGAGGGGCCCCGCCAGGCCCUGAGCCGCCUCCGGGAGCUCUGCCAACUAUGGCUGCGGCCCGAGAUGCACAGCAAGGAACAGAUCCUGGAGCUGUUGGUGCUGGAGCAGUUCCUGACCAUCCUGCCCGGGGAGCUGCAGAGCUGGGUGCGGGAGCAGCAUCCAGAGAACGGGGAGGAGGUGGUGGUGCUCUUGGAGUGUUUGGAGAGGCAGCUGGCUGAGCCCAUGCCGCAGCUCCCAGGUGGAGAACAGGGGCAAGAACUGCUCUGUUGCAAGGUGGCAGUGUUGACACCAGCUCAGAGGUUACAAAGUACCCAGUUCCAGCUGAUGAAGGCUUUGCUCAAGCGUGAAUCUCUAGGACUGCAGUCCUUAACAGACAGAGUUCUCCAGGUUCCUGGGCUUACCCAGGGGGGGGCGCUGCAGAGGAGACACAGUGGUAGCGCCAGGCUCACCCCAGAGGCCCAGGGGUUGAUGAAAGUGGAAGAUGUGGCCCUGGCCCUCGCUUCUGGAUGGACACAGCUGGAUUCAUCUCGGGUGAACUUCUGCAGAGAUGAAAGGCAGGACCUCCAUGGCAGCCUGAUCUCCCUGGGUGGUGAAAUACAGACCGAGAUCAGGGAGUUACAUCCAGGUGAGGAACACCCAGUACGAGAGUCUGGGGAAAUACCAUGCCACUUGGGUGAAGACAUUGCCCAGAUUCCUACACGUGCAGAAGCUGGUGAACAGGAGGAUGAGUUACAAAGAAAGCGGAAAAAUGACACUGGGAGGAGACGACACAUUUGCCAUGAAUGUGGAAAGAGCUUUGCUCAGAGUUCAGGGCUGACUAAACACAGGAGAAUCCACACUGGGGAGAAACCCUAUGAAUGUGAGGAUUGUGGCAAGACCUUCAUUGGGAGCUCUGCCCUCAUCAUUCAUCAGAGAGUCCACACUGGUGAGAAACCAUAUGAGUGUGAAGAAUGUGGGAAGGUCUUCAGUCAUAGUUCAAACCUGAUCAAACAUCAGAGGACUCACACUGGGGAGAAGCCCUACGAGUGUGAUGACUGUGGGAAGACCUUUAGCCAGAGCUGCAGCCUCCUUGAACAUCACAAAAUCCACACUGGGGAGAAGCCAUACCACUGCAACAUGUGUGGGAAAGCUUUUAGGCGGAGUUCACACCUCCUGAGACAUCAGAGGAUCCAUGGUGAUAAAAAUGUUCAGAAUCCUGAACCUGGAGAGACCUGGGAGAGUCAGGGUAGGAUGGAAGGCCAGUGGGAAAAUGUUGAGGUCCCUCUGAAUUAUAAAUGCAAUGAAUGUCAGAGAAGUUUCACUGGUAAUAGAAGCCUUAUAGAACAUCAAAAAAUCCACACUGGUGAGAAACCCUUCCAAUGUGAUGCAUGUGGAAAAGGCUUCACCCGAACUUCAUACCUUGUUCAACAUCAGAGAAGCCACGUUGGGAAAAAAAUUCUGUCACAGUGACCCAAGUCGCACAAUACCACAGUUGCUGCUCAUUCCUCAUUGAACUAAAGCCACCCUGGAGCCCAUCCUGACUGCUUAAACUGUGGGCUGGGACUUCAUUUACAACUACUAGUCAUCAGGAGCUUGUUAGAAGAUACAGAAUCUGAGGUGAAUUAUCUUCUGCAUUCUAGAAGGUGAUGGGCAAAAACUUGUUUGAUAGGAGGACUACAUGAGUGUUGACUGCAAGAUACAGGACCUGAAAGGGUUUUUUCUCACCUAUUGGACUUAAACAGGCUACCAGACAGACUAAUCACCCUCAAUGAGCCCUUGAUGAUGUCUCCUGGGCAGCUGGCUGUGAUUUGGGGGCUGCUGCUCUGGCCAUUUAUUUGGCCUAUAAUGAAUCCUUCACCAGUUGGUCAGAUCAUGAUGUCUUAUACUCCCCAUUGUGCCUUGCAUACAGGUGCUCUAAUUAUUUAUUAAAUAGAUCAGUGAAAUGAC